UGAUCAACAAUUUUCGAGCGAACAGUUGAGCGCCGACGUUGCUAAGGCAACGAUUCAACGCCAUCUCUUCCAUUUCCUUCAAUUUUUUUUUUCAAGAUCUGAGACAUUAAAUUAAUGACUGCCGAGAAGCUUAGAAAGUCGGUUUUGUAAUAAAUACGCGGUACUGUUUUAUUUUACGGUACAAUAAGUAAUAAUUUAUAGAAAUUAUAUAGUGUACCGGUACCUAUUCGAAAGAAACUGUAACAAGGUAAUCGACACUGUUUUAUUAUUGGACGUUGGUUAAUAUCUAGAAUAUUAGGAACAUGACCGUAACGUUAACAACGAAACAUGAGGUAGCCACAGACGACAAUGACAAUGAAACAUGCUGUACAACUGCUAAGAGCCCAGUUCAGGACCACACACAAUCAUUACUCGAAGAUCUUCGGGAUGCAAAAGUGACCCAUUCUCACGACGAUGACAUUGACAACAGUGAUGACGAAAUGCACGACGACAUCUACUACGAGAAAGCGAAACAAUUGUUACCUUACAACGAGGCUCCUCCAUAUCUACAACACAACCCAUUCAUUUUAAAUGGAUACAGAAGGAACUUGAGUACGGACCUGUGUGUGUCAAGCAUGUUUUGGUGGACAAACGAAACCAUCAACAUAUGGUCCCACAUAUUUGGCUUGAUGCUGUUCAUAAUAUUGACAGUGUAUGAUUUUACUAUAUUGAAAAUUCAAGCAACACUUACAGACAAAAUCAUAGUAGGGUUGUUCAUGGCAUGUUUCGUGUCAUGUAUGGCACUAUCUGCAAUGUACCAUACCUUCUCCUGCAGAUCUGAAAGGGACUGUUACAAAUAUUUAUCCUACGACCUAUUUGGGAUAGCCCUUUCUUUACUGGCUAUCUAUACCUCUGGAAUAUACUAUGCUUUUUGGUGCGAUAGAGACUGGCAGAUGUUUUAUACAACAACCGUAACUCUGAUAUUUGCACUAGCAAUGGCUAUGCACAUUCCAGAAUUGAAUAUUGAUGCCAAUGUUAAAACUCUAGUUUUUGUAGCUUGGGGUCUAUACGGAGUAAUUCCUACUGUUCACUGGACUGUCAAAAAUGGCGGCUUUGAAAAUCCACUAGUUGCUAUUUUGUUACCUAGAGUUCUUGGAAUGUACGCUAUAAGCGGAGGUGCAUUUAUCAUUUACAUAACUAAAAUCCCUGAACGAUUUUUGGCUGGAAAAUUCGAUUUCAUAGGACAUUCGCACCAGUGGUGGCAUAUUUUUGUUGUAAUGGCACUAUACUAUUGGCAUAACAGCGGAUUGAUCUACAUUGAAUACCGUCUAAAUCAUGCUUGCCCAAAUAAAAUGAAGUUCCCAUGAUGCCUAUUUAGUUAAAAUAAAAUUAUUGUUACACACUUGUUAUUAACUAUUUUUUACGAAUAAAAACUGUGAUC